UCACUUUACUCCGGCUUCCACCCAUUUCCUUUCUUUUCUCGUGAACGGGUGUUAAUCCUUUGAUGCUUAGACAGAAAAGAGAGUGGUCCACCAUUGAAGAUCUCAAUGUUUACUCAGACUCUUUUGUUAAUCCUCUUGCUUCAGAGCAUUAGCGCCAUUGAAGGCUCUGAAUUUACCAUAAAGGAAGCCACUAUCGACGAGAUUCGAACAGCUUUUAAGCACAACAAACUUACGUCCAAGGAUUUAGUUGAGUUUUACAUCCAGGAGAUACGUAAACUCAAUCCCAUCUACAGAGCAGUCAUUGAAGUGAACCCAGAUGCUGUUCAUCAAGCUCAGAAAGCUGAUGAAGAGCGAAAAGCUAAUGCCCCCAAGUCGCGCUUUGGGUUGCAUGGUAUCCCUAUUUUAGUCAAAGAUAACAUUGCAACCAAAGAUAAGCUUAACACGACUGCAGGAUCUUACGCACUUCUUAAGUCAGUGGUGCCUCGUGAUGCUGGAGUAGUGAAGAAGUUGAGAGAAUCAGGGGCGAUUAUACUCGGGAAAGCAAGCUUGAGUGAGUGGGCUUUUUUCAGAAGCUCCUCUGCACCCAGUGGGUGGAAUGCUAGAACUAAGCAAGCAGUUAAUCCAUAUGUAGCAACCCACGAUCCAUGUGGUUCAAGCACUGGAUCAGCUAUAGCAGUUGCAACAAGCAUGGUAACUGUAUCACUAGGGCUCACAAGUCGAGCAGGAGUCAUUCCAAUUUCCCCUAGACAAGAUACAGUUGGACCAAUAUGUAGGACUGUAACUGAUGCUGUUUAUGUCCUUGAUGCCAUUGUUGGUUUUGACAAAAAUGAUGCAGUUGCAACAAGAAAAGCUUCAAAGUAUAUUCCCCAUGGUGGUUAUCUGAAGCACUUAAAAUCUGGUGGGCUUAAAGGAAAGAGGUUAGGGAUAGUAAGGGCUUAUCCUAAUUUUGGAUUUGGUAAUGAUACUGAAAUUUUGAAUAAGUUCAAGAAACAUUUCAUGAUAUUAAGACAAAGUGGUGCUACUCUGAUUGACAAUCUUGAAGUCACAAACUACAACGAUAUCAUGCCAAUGUUCCUUGGUGUAUAUAUAGCACUAUUUGCAGAAUUCAAGAUAUCACUGAAUGCAUAUCUAAAGGAGCUAGUGGCUUCACCUGUGAGAUCUUUAGCAGAUGUGAUAGCAUUCAACAAGAAAUUUGCUAAUGUGGAAAAGCUGAAAGACUACCCACAAGAUAUAUUUUUGGAAGCUGAGAAGACGAAUGGGAUUGGAGAGUUGGAGAAGGAAGCAUUGAGGAACUUGACAAGAGCAUCAAAAUUAGGGUUUGAGAAGUUGAUGAAAGAAAACAAAUUGGAUGCACUUGUCACACCGUAUUCAUAUGGUUCUACAGUUCUUGCAAUUGGGGGAUAUCCAGGAAUUAGUAUUCCGGGUGGGUACGAUAAAAAUGGGGCUCCGUUUGGUAUUUGUUUUGGAGGUUUAAAGGGUUCAGAGCCUACAUUGAUAGAGAUUGCUUAUGGGUUUGAACAAGCUUCGAAGUUGAGAAAGCCUCCUCCAAUCAAGAAUUAGUCGAGAUCAACAUAUCUAUCUAUAUAUGGUUCUUUUCUAAGUCUGACUUUUUUAAAUUGCUUCGAUAAUUGUGGGAUUUUUUAUUAUUUGAAUCCGUAGCUGAAGCUAGCUAGUUGGAUGAAACACCAGAGAAUUAAACAAUCUAAGAUUAUUUGAAUGGGAUGCUUUUGUAAUUGUUUCUACUUCAUGUCAUUGUUAAUCAUUGCUUAGUAGUUUAAAUGUUUAUGAAGAGUGGCUCAUCUAACAUUCACCCCAAAGAUGGAAU